UGAUCCAUUUGUUAGUGCUGCCAAACUCCAGAAGAGCUGCAAGAAGAAAGAAGCUGAACCAGAGACUUGCUCCUCACUUUGCGUAACUUUAAAACCAUCCACGAAGUUUGCACCUAACAAAAUGGACCAUCCAGAAAACUCCACAGCGCCCCCCCUGCAGACGCAGAGCAGCGCCAUCUCCCAGGCGGACAAGAGCGGCGGGAACGCGUACCUGUACAUCCUGAUCGUCAUGUGUUUCUACGGGGUCUUCCUCUGCGGCAUCAUGCUCGGGUACUUCCGCUCCAAGCGGCGCGAGAAGAGGAGGAUCAACAUCUUCACGCGCCUCGUGCACGAGGAGGAGCAGCGGGAGUGGGGCGCGCUGCCGAAGAAGCACAGCCUCACCUUCCCCGUCCCCGCCGCGUCGGGACUGCGCUCCGUGCACGUGUCCCUGCCCUUCUGCAGUAACCACGGCAACCACUUCGGACACCUGCAGUGCGAGGACGCGCUGCCCUCUCCGCUGGCGUGCGCGCUGUUCACGGAGCAGAGUAGCGUCAGCUCCCUGUGCUCCUCCGCGGACACGCGCUUCGCCAUAGAGGAGGAGUCGGACAGCGGCACAGCGGAGGAACCAGAGGAGAAAACGAAGGGAGGCUCGGACAAAAGAGGGGACGACUCAGGCUGAACUCCCUGAGAGACGCGUGGUCCAUCCAAACAAGAGGAGAAACAUCAGCUGGAGAGAAGAUCAGGAGGCUGUGAGGCGUCUUCCCCCAAAACAACCCAACCAGAAAUCAUCUAUUCUGCAAUAAAAACUUUGAUCAAUAACAUCAUGAUCUGGCCUCAGGCCUGGACAAAGUCACACAAGGGUGGCCAGUGAGAAGUGUUUUAAAUCUUAAACAACUAACAACUACACUGGUCUUUUUUAUAUGCUUUAUGUUGGGAUAAUGUAUAACUCAUAUCUCACUCAAUACAUAGUGAAAGUAAUAAUUCACUUCAGUCAGUACUUUAUUUAUCCCUGCAUGGGUGGUCGUGUGCAGCAGCUCAGGUCAUCACACAUGUUAAAUAGGUGAGGAGAGAAAAAAAUGCUAAAUGCUUCAUCACAAAGUCAAAACAGUCAAAUGACGUGUACUCAAAAAACGACAUCAUUACAAAUCUACAAUAAUAAGAGUGCUAAAUAUGAAUUUAAAAACUGUACAGAAGAAUUAAUGAUCUUUUAGAAUCAACCUUAACUAUAUCCAGUCAUAUCAAACAUGUUAUUAUUGCACAAUAAGACUAUGCCUCAUUUUGGUGGGGACCCCUCCCUGCUGGAGCCCCUCCACCCUCCUGACGCCACACUGAGGAGAAGCACCUCACUGGUUUGGUCGGAUGACUCACCCUGCAGGGGACUGAGUGGGAGACUGUUGCUUUUUUGUUUUUUUGGCUGUUUGGGCUGAACUUGACUCGCUCUUGCCAACGUGGUCUCGAGUAUUGAAAUGUACCUGGAACCCACUUGAAAGAUUGAACUAAAGUGUUUGUUUGUUGUGGCUUCAUAACGAACAAGCAGUUCAUACACAGUCGAUGAUGUAGGUUUACUUGAUGGAAGAAAUGCACUGUACAUAUGGUUUGUAUUUGUCACUCUGUAUGGUUUAAUUUAAGAUGGAAUAUUUGUAGUGUUUUCAGAUAUAAAAAAAAAGAUGCUUUUGAAUUGA